AUGGCCUUCGAUUACGGCGUGGCUAUUGGCCUAGAGGCGAGGGGGGUGUGGCGCGAGUGGCUGGGGGAGGCGGACCACGCGCUGCUUGCGCCGUGGCUGCGCGACCCAGGCACAUGGGCGGAGUUCGCCGCUGGCGCGGGCGCGGAUCUCUCCCCCACUAUGCUCCGCGUGCAGCUGCGCGCGCGCUCGCUACUGCUGGGCCGCGCCGUGGGGGAGGCGUGCGGAAAGGCGCAGGGGGAGGCUUGGGGGGAGACGGUGGAGGGCGGAUUGGCGCAGAGGAUAGGGGGGAGGGGCGCGGAGAGGAAUCCGCUGAUGGACGAUGACGUGUACGCGUCAGUAGAUGAUGACGUGUACCCGUGCCUGGAUGAUGACGUGGACGAGUGGCAUGCCAUGCUGUCAGCCGCCCAGCCGUCCGCCCACUGCAUGGCAGUGCUGCGCGCCAUCCGCCAGCAGGAGGGUCCUCUCAGCGCCGCCAUCAUCCGCAGGGUGGGUUUGGGCGCACCCCACACCGCAUCUCAGGAUGCUAACCCGCCCCCCCCCUCUUCCCCCGCCUUCCCCACUCUAGGGGGAGAGGGGGAAGCAGAGGGGAACGGGGGAGGGGAGUGGGGAGGCGGAGAGGGGGGCGGGGAAGGGGAGGUGGGGAGGCGGGAGGAGAGGCGGCGGCAGCGGCGGCAGUGGCGGCUGCUGCAUGCUGUGAAGCGCGCCAAGCACUCCUCCAAGCCCUUCCGCGAGCGGGCGGCGCUCGUGCGCACAGCGGCCGGCAUGGCUCGUCUCAUUCAGCAGCAGCAGCGGCAGCAGCAGAAGAAGAAUGAGCGGAGGGAGGGACGCGUGGAAGGAGAGGAGGGAGAGGGGGGCGGUGAAGCGGAGGGUGCGUGGGAGAGGGAGAGGGAGAAGGAGAGGGAGAGAGAGGGCGUGUGCCCUGACGACUGGGACAUGGAGGCAUUGGCUAAUGCCGUGCCCGACCCUGUGGUGGCCUCUGCCCGCCCGCCCUGGCACCUCCACUGCCCCUGGCGCACGCAGGGAGGCGCGCGUGGGGGAGCGGGUGGGCGUGGGAGUGGGGGUGGGGGCUGGGGGAGAAAAGCAGGAGUGCAGAAACAGGCGGAUCAGCAGCAACAGGAGGAGCAGCAGCAGGAGGAGCAGGAGGAGGAGGAGCAGCAGGGAGAGGAGCGGGCGAGGGCGCGGCUGAAGGCGUGUGUGGCGGGGGCGCUGCAGCAGAUGGGGUGUGAGGGCGCGGCAGACAGCUCCCUGUGUGUGCUCACAGACGCCCUCUCCCACCGCCUCUCCCGCAUGGGCCGCUCCCUCAGGGCCUGCCUGGACCGCUGUGACCUGCUGCACCUCGCUGCCGUGGGCGUGGGGGGUGUGGGGGGCGUGGGGGGAGGCGUGGGGAGAGUGGGGAGUGUGGGGGACGGGGUUGUGAUGGAAGGGGAGGGGGAUGGCGUGGGUGGGGAGGGGGAGGGGGAGGGGGAGGAGCGGCGGCAGCAGGCGAUGCAGAUGGCGGCAGUAGAGAUGAUGCUGUCUGGGGCUGAUCCCCUUAUCGGGUAUGCUCUUACGGGGUAUGCUCUUACGGGGUAUGCUCUUACGGUGUAUGCUCUUACGGGGUAUGCUCUUACGGUGUAUGCUCUUACGGGGUAUGCUCUUAUCAAUAUGCUCCUCUCGUCACCACCCAUCUCUCUGCUAAAUCUCUAUAAAGCCCCACUCCCUCACCCUUACCCCACGCCUCUCCUCGCUCCCAUGCCCCACCCCGCCCCAUGCCCUCCCACUCCCAGCACGCCAGCAUCACUGGCCUCAUUCCUCCGCUGCCCCUCACAGCCCACGCGCCCGCCCCUACCACCAGCAGCCGUGGCUGCCUUUGCUGCGUCCCUCGGCCUGCCCCACGCCCCCACUGCUGCACCCACCGAUAUGGGUGGCCCGGGUGGGACCGGUGCUGCAGGUGCUGUGGGUGGGAUGGGGGCGAUGGGAGCAAUGGGAGGGAUGGGUGGCAUGGGCAGUGGUGGAGGUAUGGUUGGUGGAGGAAUGGAUGGGUUGGGGGGGACAGGUGCGAUGGCUGGACUCGGGGGGAUGAGCGCGGUGGGGGGGAUGGGGGGAAUGGGGGGUUUUGGGGCUGUAGGGGGUAUGGAGGGCAUGGGGGGAAUGGGGGGAAUGAGUGGGAUGGGGGAGAUGGGGGGGAGUGAGUCGGUGGCGGCAGCGCUGGCAGCAGCGGCAGCAGCUGUGGCGGCUGCAGCAGCUGGGGGCCUCACUGGUGCUGCUGGCAUGGGGUCGGGUGGGGGGAUGGGGGCAGGCGGGGGAAUGGGGCCAGGUGGGGGGAUGAACAUGGGCAUGGCGGAAGGGAUGGGGGCACUUGAGGGAUGGGAGGAGGGAUGGGAGGAGGAGGGAUGGGAGAAGGAGGGAUGGGAGGAGGAGGAAUGGGAGGAGCAGGAGGGGUGGGAGGAGGAGGGAUGGGAGGAGGGGGAGGAGGAGGAGGAGGAGGAGGAGGAGGAGGAGGAGGAGGAGGAGGAGGAGGAGGAGGAGGAGGAGGAGGAGGAGGAGGAGGAGGGGGGGGAGGGAUGGGAGGGGGGGGAGGAGGGAUGGGAGGAGGAGGGAUGGGAGGAGGGGGGAUGGGAGGAGGAGGGAUGGGAGGAGGAGGGAUGGGAGGAGGACGGCCCGUCCGCUUCCCCCCUCUCUGCCGCCCAGCGGAAGCAGCAGCAGCAACCGCAGCAGCGACGGCGCCGGCAGCAGCAGCAACAGAAGCGGCUGCAGCAGAUUCAGCAGCAACAGCAACAGCAGCAGCAGCAGCAGCAGCAACAGCAGCAGCAGCAGCAGCAGCAGCAGCAGCAGCAGCAGCAGCAGCAGCAGCAGCAGCAGCAGCAGCAGCAGCAACAACAGCAACAACAACAGCAGCAGCAGCAGCAGCAGCAACUGCAGCAACAGCAGCAGCAACAACAACUGCAGCAGCAACAGCAGCAGCAGCUGCAACAGCAGCAACAGCGGCAGCAGGGAGUGCAGCAGCAGCAGAACCAGCAGGCCCCACGCCGCUCUCUGCUGCUUAGUGUGUCGGACCCAAGGCACCUCUCCUCCCCUCCCUUCAACAACCCCCCUCCGCCCGCCUCUGCUGCAAUGGGCGCAGCUGCUACAGCCAGUGGUGGAGCCUCCCCUCCUCUCCCUCACUCCUCCUCCCUCUACUCCAACGUCCCUUCCUCGCCCUCCUCCCACCCGCACACCAUGCCUCCCCCGCUCACUCCCACGCUCUCUGCCCUCCGCCUCCCUUCUUCAGGCAACCCGCCCUCACUCCCGCACGCGCUCGCCUUCCCCUCCCCCACCGUGUCCCCUGCCUCGGGUCCACUGGCAGGGCCAGCAGCAGCGGCAGCAGCAGCCCGAGUGCCGCCCCUGUCCAUCCCUGCCUCUGGAGUCCCUUCCUGGGGGGGGGCUGGGGGGGAAGGAGUGGGCGAUGGGGGGUUUGGUGGGGGCAUGGGCGGGGGUACAGGUGGGGGAGGGGGUGGGGUGCUGCCGGUGGCGGGUGUGGCUGGGGGGAAGGGGAGGGGCUCGACUAUUAGCGCUUCUGCUGGUGGUAGUGCCGGGAGUGUUGGUGCUGCUGGUGCGGGUGCUGCUGGUAUUGGUGCUGGUGCUGCGACUGCUGUGGCUAGCAGUGUGGCAGCAGGGGGUGCAGUAGCAGGGGGAGGGGAGGUGAAAGGUGCUGCUGGUGGUGGUACUGGGAAGGGAAAGAAAGGCGAGGGGAAGAAGGGCGGAGGGGGAGGGGGCAAAGGAGGUGGAAAGGGAGGGGGCAAGGGAGGGGGGAAGGGAGCAGGAAGGGGAGCGGGUGGGGCAGCAGGGGCAGGCAGGGGAGGGGGAGCAGCGGCAGCAGGGCGUGGGAAGGGAGGAGGGGGUGGAGGGGCAGGGAAGGGGGCAGGGGCAGGUGGAGCGGGUGCAGCAGGCGGGGCAGGGAGAGGGGAUGGGGCGGGUGGGGCAGGUGGGGCGGGUGGUCAGAUGGGCACUUGA